CCCCCACUGUCACGCUUUUUACAUUCUCAUAAUGUUGAAAAUAAAGUAGCCGUUUGUACUUUUGGCUACAGUACAGAUAAUAGCCCGGUAAGUAGAUAUUUACACGCAGCUCUUAGUAAUUGCGGAAAGUUUAUAAACCUGAGUGUAAGACCUUCGGCGCAUUUGGCAUUCGACCGCGUCGCAGAACUGCGAUCGAGUUGUGAUUCACCUUUUUGAACCGGCCACGCUUAUAGCAGCUCCAAGUUUCAUUCGCUAGAAGUCCCCUCUGAGGCCGGAACUCAGCCGGACCAGAAAGGAAGUGACACGAGUUUCCAGCCGGCGCUAAAUCAAGGUUCCCCAGGUACGAUGGCGUCGAUGCUCCUACGCUCGCUGCUUCUCGAGACUUCUCAGCGACUGUUCGCGGUGGCGAACGGAGCCGCCCUGCUUCGUUCUCAGCCGCGCCGAAACAAAAAGCUCUGGCUCCAAGCUUACCUGGAACAGCAGCGUUUGCUGGAGCCCCCCAGGCGCCGGUCUGAGAAGCCUAACUGGGAUUAUCAUGCAGAAAUAGUAGCUUUUGGCCACCGGAUACAUGAGACAUUCCCACUCGAACAACUCAAAACUGCAUUUGUUAAUUCUUGUUAUAUAAAAAAUGAAGAAUCUAAACGCCAAGAACUUGGACUAGAAAAAGAGAAUCUUGCUCUUAAUCUUAAGGACAAUCAGGAACUUUCUUUACAGGGAGCUUCCUUUACACACUCUUACCUCACACAGUGCUUUGAAGAAGCCUUCCCAAAAAUGCCACCUGCUGGCAUUGAAGCACUUGUUAACUAUCUCACCAGUGAAGAAAUAGUAUCCUACAUUGCUAGAAAUCUAUCUUUGCAAGACUUGACACUUUGUGCAGAAUUUCCCGUGCCACCUAAAGUGCUGCAGCAGACUUUUUUUGCGGUAAUAGGAGCUUUGCUUCAGGGUAAUAGCUCUCAAAGGACAGAGAUCUUUGUCAGGGACUUCUUCAUCCCUCAGUUGAUAGGAAAGGAACUGUUUGAGAUGUGGACUGUUGUAAACCCCAUGGGCUUGCUGCUGGAAGAACUGGCCAAGAGGAAUAUAAGUGCUCCAGAACCAAGGCUAACCAGGCAGUCAGGAGCUACCACUGCUUUACCCUUGUUCUUUGUAGGGUUAUACUGUGAUAAGAAGCUUCUAGCUGAAGGUACUGGUGAAACAAUAUUGGCUGCUGAAGAAGAGGCUGCUCGUGUGGCCUUGCGGAAACUUUAUGGCUUCACUGAGAACAGACAAUCCUGGCAUUACCCUUCUUUGAAAUGUGAGAAGCAAGCUGAAAAAGCGAUUAGCAGUAGUUAAAAUAAAAAAGUCAGGUCCAUUUGCAACAAUACUGCAUUUCAGCAGGAACUUUUUUCUCUUCUGUUCCAUUUAUCUAAAUUAAAAUGCUUUGAAUAAAAAUGCUCUAUCAAAGAAUUCAUAAGAUAGCUGUAUUCAUUUUAUUGUUGUGGAAAGCAACUCUUCAUUUCCUAGUACUGUAAAUAUUUGCAUUGUCAACCCAAAGAAAGGGAUUAUGUAUUUCAUUUCUUGAUGGAGAGUUAAAAUUAAAUUUUUGCCAUAUUUAAGAUCACCUAAGUGAAUUUGUGGCUAG